UGUGUGUUUCCAGCAGCGAGAGGGAAGAAGAGAGAUAGACAUGGCUAACGUGACUUUCAACUUGAUCGGAACCUUUAAAAGCCUCUCGCUGUCGAGCUCGUUUCUUCGGGGAGAUCGGAGGCAACUCAGCGCCGGCUGUGGUGCUGCCGUGUCACUUCCGGCGAGGUUGCCGAUGACAAUUGAGUCAGCUCACAAGAAAGGUGCGGGAAGCACGAAGAAUGGGAGGGAUUCGAGUGGGAAGAGGCUUGGCGUCAAGAUUUACGGCGAUCAGACUGCGAAGCCGGGGGCUAUUAUUGUGCGCCAAUGCGGGACUAAGUUCCACCCUGGAAAGAAUGUUGGCUUGGGGAAGGACUUCACCAUCUUCUCACUAAUCGAUGGAGUAGUAAAAUUUGAAAAGUUUGGACCUGAUAGAAAAAAGAUCAGUGUUUACCCAAGAGUGGAACAGCCUGAGAACCCGAACAGCUUCAGAGCUAGAAGAAGAGACUACUUUCGGCUGCAGCGUGAGCGCAAGAAGGCUUGGAAGGAAGGUGUUCUUCCUCCACAACUGGUACUGGCUUCUUCUGAAUCCGUUUCUGAAACUUCUACUAUUUUCUAAGAGAUUUAUUAUUUGCAUUUUCUAUUUAAUUCUGCUUUUUUGAAAAACUUGAAUUUGUUA